AUGGAUAAUUCAACCGAGGGUGCAAAGAAAUCUGUCAUUAACGGGAAAUAUGUGGAUGACUUUAAUUGUGCAAUUUGCCAUGAAGUGUAUGAAAACCCUAGAUAUUUACAGUGUAAUCACUCAUUCUGUCUCAAGUGUAUUAUAGAAUAUAUUCGGAAAAAACUUCAUGAAAACUGUUUGGAGUUUUACUGUCCAUUAUGCAGAGCAGAUAUCAAUCUUUCAAUGCAGCGGCUAAGAAAUAUUAUAUUCGCAGAAGCAUUAGAAGAAGAUGACGUGAAACACAUCUUUCCAAGGAACAUAGCACUUGCCAGUGCUACGGAGAGCUUAAAUAUUGAGCAGGAAUUCUGCACUGAACAUCCAAGUAAAAUCUACGAUCACUUUUGUGCGGAUCAUGGACUUCUGUGCUGCAGCAAAUGUAUUUUGAAAACGCACCGUAACUGCAGACGUGUCAUUGAUAUAGACGAAUGCAAUCAACAAACGUUCGAAGAACUUUUGCGUGAGUCACAGCGACAAUUGUUUGCAAGUUACAAGAUCUGUGACCAAACACUGACGUCACUAGAAAGCACAAGACGGAGUAUGUUGCAUUCCUUAGAAAAUUUGAAAUCAGGUGUAAUAGAUACUAUCACAAAAGCACAAGAUAAUGUGAAACGGCUAGCACUAAGAGAAAUUGAAAAUGUUAAACAGUGGCGUGGACCGACGCCAAAGCCAAUCCCAUUUGGCUUCUCCUGCAAUAGGCGAGCUUUCGUUUUGGAAAUACAAAACAUAUCAUCGAGAAUAACAGAUUGCAAACAGGUGAAUACAACUGAAAAUUUAGAGGCAAAAUUAGCUGUACCCAUACAAAAUGUCAGAGCAAGCAUCAAACGGAAACUUGAUUCUGCAGGGUUAGAUAGUUGUACUGCAACGGAGGUGAAGCGCGCAAUGCCAGUUAAAAGUGGUAUAGUGGUCAGUGAUACAAAAUGGAACAAGAAACCCUCUUUCGAGUUUUAA